AUGAAGAUUGUUCCACGAUACAAAUAUCUAUUUUGUAUAAAUCAAAUUAUACCACAAUAUCAUCGUAUAUUUUAUUCAACUCAAACAACAAGAAUAACAAAUUAUAUACCUUUAAUUGGAUUAGAAAUUCAUGCUCAAUUAUCUGCACAUAAUAAAUUAUUUACAUAUGUACCAUAUAGUUUUGGAGCUCCUCCUAAUACACAAUUAGGUUUACAUGAUGUUGCAAUCCCUGGUAGUAUGCCGAUUUUAAAUCGUCAUUGUCUUGAACUAGCUAUCAUUGCUUCAAUUGGAUUAAAUUGUAAAAUUAAUUCAAUUACAAAUUUUGAUCGUAAGCAUUACUUUUAUACUGAUUUACCAGCUGGUUAUCAAAUUACCCAAUAUUAUAAACCAAUAUCUAUAAAUGGUUAUUUAGAUUAUAUUUGGUUACGAGAUCAUUCAAUCAUUGAACAACUUGAUCCAUUAUAUACAGAAGUAAUACAUAGUAAUAAUAAUCAAUAUUAUUAUCGUUCACAUGCUCGUAUUAAAUGUAUACAAAUUGAACAAGAUACUGGUAAAAGUUUACAUAAUAUACAACGUGAUUGUAGUUUAAUUGAUUUAAAUCGUUCUGAUGUCGGUCUUAUAGAAAUUGUUACUGAACCAGAUUUUAAUUCAUCUGAUCAAGUUGCCGCAUUCAUUAUGGAUUUAUCACGUUUACUAAGGCAUUUAAAAUGUUGUAAUGCUAUUGGUGCAUUCGGUGAACUACGUGUUGAUGUCAAUGUUUCUAUUGGUCAAGAUAUAGCCAAUCAAAAUCCUCGAGUUGAAAUUAAAAAUAUUAGCACUAUUCAUGGUGUAAUUUCUUCAAUCGACUAUGAGAUUAAGCGCCAAUCUGAAAUUCUCAAUUCUGGUGGACAAAUUACACAAGAAACUCGAUCUUAUGAUCCGGUGGAUAAUGUAACCUUACGAAUGCGAAAUAAAGAAUUAGCUCAAGAUUAUCGUUAUAUUCCUGAACCAAAUUUACCUUCUAUUAAAAUUUUAUCAAAUUGUUCAUUAUGUUCAUCUCAAUCAUCGUCUACAUCUUCAUCAUCCACAUCAUCCGCAUCAUCAUCUGCAUCUUCAUCAUCAUCUGAAUCUUCUAUAUCAUUAUCCAAUAAUCAAAUUUGUAUACAAUGUAUUAAACAAAAAUAUCAUUUAGAUUCUAUUAAUUCAAUAAUGAAUUUACCUCAAUAUAAAAAACAAUUAUUUUUAAUUGAAUAUGGUUUAUCAUUAAAUCGUGUUAUUGUUUUAAUUGAUAAUAAUGAAUUAUGUAAAUUAUAUGAAUUAACAUUGAAUUAUUUAAUGAAAAAUCAUUUAACUAUAAAUUAUAAUGAACAAUUCAAUAGUUCAAUUUAUGCUAAAGAAUUAUGUUAUUGGAUUACUGGUUAUUUAAAUUAUUCAAGUAAAGAUAAAACUUUGAAACGUCUUCCUAAAGUUGAACAAUUGGCUGAAUUUGUCCAAAUGAAUUUAACUGGACAGAUAUUUGGACCGGCAGCAGUUCAACUCUUGAAUUUAAUUAUUCGGAGUGAUGAAAAUGCAUAUCAUUCAGUUCAUCAGUUAGCUGUUGAACAUGAUCUAAUUUUAAUCCAAGAUCCAGAUCAAAUUAAAAUUCAAUGUGAAAAAAUAAUUAAUGAUUAUCCUAAAUUGGUUAGACAAUAUAAAAAUGGUAAUAAGAAAAGUUUAAAAAAGUUGGUUAUGAAUUUAAUAAAAAAUUCAGAAUGUUACAAUAAUUCUAAUAAAUUUAAUCCUUCUACUGUUUAUAAAUUACUUGAACAACUAAUUCCAUCCUCUUCAUCCUCUUCGACAACAUCAUCAUCAUCAUCUGAAUCAUCCUCAUCAUCAUCUUCGACAUCAUCAACAACAACAUCAUCUGAAUCAUCUUCUUCGUUGAUCUCAUCAUCAAUAAAUACUAAUUCAUCAUUAAGUUCAAUUGGAAUAGAUCAGAAAUGA